GAGGAGGGGCGCGCAGCGGCUGUAGCGGCCUGUGGCGCCGUCACUCGGCGGAGCCGAGCUGAGCUGGCCGCGUCAGGCGCCGGUGCUUCUGUUGCCGCCCCGGCGCGUGGGGACAGUUCGGGGCCGCGCCGGGUGCUGUCCCGCCCUCCCGCUGCGGUCCACCAGUCAGCCGGCCGCGCGAGUCCCGUUAUCAUGUCGCUGAGGCAGCGCCUGGCUCGGCUGGCGAGCCGUUUGCAGGAGCCACAGAAGGUGGCCCGUUUCCAGCAGCUGUGCGGGGUGGAAGCGCUGCCAAGCGGUUCCGCCGCAGCCUCUGCUGACCGGAGGGAGGAUGACGAAGAGGCGGAGGCACGACUAACCGGAGGCUCCCGGCGGCGAGGGCGACAGCCAGGGCCACCCGGGGGCCCCCAGCCGCCCGGGAGCGACCUCAAUCAGUGCCCAGCCAAGCUGGGCGGCGGCGGCGGCGCCCCCAACGGCGUGCGGAACGGGUUGGCGGCCGAGCUGGGCCCCGCUCCGUCGCGGCGCGCGGGUGCUCUGCGUCGCAACUCCCUGACCGGCGAGGAGGGCCAGCUGGCCCAAGUGAGCAACUGGCCACUGUACUACCUGUUCACCUUCGGCACGGAGCUGGGCAACGAACUCUUUUACGUCACUUUCUUCCCCUUCUGGAUCUGGAACCUGGACCCCCUGGUGGGCCGGAGACUCGUGGUCAUCUGGGUGCUGGUCAUGUACCUGGGCCAGUGCACCAAGGACAUCAUCCGUUGGCCGCGGCCUGCCUCGCCGCCGGUGGUCAAGUUGGAGGUCUUCUACAACUCCGAGUACAGCAUGCCCUCUACCCAUGCCAUGUCCGGCACCGCCAUCCCCAUUUCCAUGGUCCUUCUCACCUAUGGCCGCUGGCAGGAUAUUAUUGCUGGAUUCCUGUAUACUAUUUUAAUCUUAGCUGUCUUCUAUCCAUUUGUGGACCUGAUUGACAACUUCAAUCAAACUCACAAAUAUGCUCCAUUAAUCAUCAUCGGGCUUCAUUUAGCCUUGGGGAUUUUUUCUUUCACCCUUGACACCUGGAGUACAUCCCGAGGAGACACAGCUGAGAUUCUAGGAAGUGGUGCUGGCAUUGCAUGUGGCUCUCAUGUUAUUUAUAACAUGGGUGUAGUAUUUGAUCCUUCUUUAGAUAUAUUACCUUUAACUAGGCCCCCCAUUACUGUGACUCUUUUUGGAAAAGCCAUUUUGCGGAUCCUCAUAGGGAUGGCAUUUGUACUAAUAGUCAGAGUUGUAAUGAAGAAGAUCACCAUUCCCCUAGCCUGUAAAAUCUUCAGUAUACCAUGUGAUGAUGUUCGAAAAGCAAGGCAGCACAUGGAAGUUGAACUUCCUUAUAGGUAUAUUACCUAUGGAAUGGUUGGCUUCUCUAUCACAUGUUUGGUUCCUUACAUAUUUUUCUUUAUUGGUAUCUCUUGAUUGAGAAAUGUUUAUAGUAAGAAAGAAAGAUACAGGUUAUUGAUAUCUGAAAAUACAUUCUAGGAAAAAGCCAGAUCAGAGUUAGGCUUUUGCAGGAAUUUAACUUAAAUAAUUAUUUAAGUAAAUUCAUAAGAGUUGUUGUGCAUUUUAUGAUUGCACAUCCAGGUAUUGUUUUAGGUGAGCUGAGCUAUUUCAACACUGAGAAAAUAAGUGUUCAUUUAGAAUAUACAUGUAAUUUUUGGAAAUUUUAGUGCUGUUAUGGAUUCAAGUUAUAUAUAACAUAUAUUAAGGUACAUAAUAUGCAUUAUAUAUCUAAUAUAUUUUAUAUAUAAAAUAAUAUACCUAAGUUUUUUAAAACUAUGGGAUCUAUUAUAAAAUCACUAAUAAUAUGCAAACAGUUGUGCCUGUGCAUUUGGACUUAAUACAGGUAUGUCGUUACUAACAGAUAUAUUAAACAUUUAUUUACUAUGGGAACCAUUUCCUAAUUGAAUUGUGUAAUUACUAGACCAGAAUUCAUAUGCUACCACAUGUUAAUUUACUGCCUUUUUUUUACACUGCCAUCACCUUUCAUGUUACCCAUGAUGUCGAACGUGGGAGGCAUUUUUAAUGGACCAAAUUUUCAGAAAAGUUAGUUUUUGGAUUCCUUAAUUUUUUUUUUAGUUCUGUAUUCUGUGUUGAAUGUACUUUAUUUGCAACUGUUCUGGACAUCAGUUUAAUAAUUCAGGUACUGAAUUUUAUUGCUUGCUAAUUGUGCCUUUCAGUUGCUAAAUUAAGAAAUGCCAGAUGUACUGUGAUAUAAAAACAAGAUGCUAACUUAAACUACAUGUAAUCAGGCAAAUAUUUUUAAAAUACAUGUCAAGCUAACAGGGAUAGAAGUAAACCAUCCUUAACUAUUUAGCCUUUAGAAAGAAAUGUGGAAUGGGAUAAACUUCCACACUAAUUUAUUGGAAAGCUAAAUGGAUAAAUGUUUCCAUUUUUGUAGGUAUUUUCUGCGCAUUGUAAGUUUUAGGAACAAGAUAUAUUUUCUGUACAUUGUCUUGAUUGUUUCUACUACAGGUAGAUAUUUCCAGUGAAUGGAAGUGUAAUUGAAAUUUAUAGAUGGGACAAUGCACAUGCUUCGUAUGUAAACAAACCUUUUUUCUAAAUUAUUUGGAAAGGAUUGGAUUUAGUAGUGUUAACUUUAAUACCCAUUUAUUAACUACUUAAGGUAAAUUAUAAAAUCUAAAAGUAAGUAUCAGUAUUUUAGAUCCUAUUAUUUUUUUCAACUUUUUAUUAUUUUCGCAGUGGAAAAUUUGGGUAUAGUAUUAAACUAUUCCUUAUUCUGUCUGCGCCUUUAUAUUUUGAAGCAUGAUUGUAAUUAAGUUGAUAUUAAGUUUAUUUGUAAUAAAAAGAAAAUUAACUUUCCUGAUAAAUGAACAUCAGCUAUGGAAUUACUGAUUUUAGUGCAAUGUCUGUAUAAUUAUCCAGAAGUAUCACUUAAGAUGUUUCUAUUUUGGGCAGCAUAACAAUCUGAGCUCAUGUUUUUAUAAUUCUGAUUAAGAAUUUAGGGGCAUGGUAAUUUUCACCAAAACUGAAUCUGAUAAUUUUAAGUAAAGCAACUAAAUUUGGGCCCUUUACCCAUUAGUUAAGAGGAAACUGAGGCACUUAGGAACAUAUUGGUACGUUGGGAAAUGUGAAAAGACUUUUUUUUUCCAAAAUUUGUGUUUAAUGAAUUGAAUUUUAGGAACUAUUUUCCGUAAGUUGGGUCUGUGCUAUCCUGUUAAUUUUAUGUGUAGCUUAAAAGGUAUUUGAAAAUAUUCCAUUUCUUGUGUUUUAUUGUUUUUCUUUCUUAUGACGUUUUGUGCUAAAUGUAUUUUAAAAUAAAAGCCAAAUUCAAGAUUGAAUGGGGUUUUUUGUUUUGUUUUAUUUUGUUUUGGUUCAGUUUGGUUUUUUACCUUCUAUUCAUCUGUCUCUGUAUUACCUGGUAGAGGUUUUAAAAAAUAUCCUAGGAUUUUCAUUCUAUCAGGCUUUUCCUCUGAAGCAUUUUGUUCAGAAUCAAAGUACUGUUUUUAGCAAUAGACGACAAUUAAGAGACUCUUUAAGGUUCAAACUGACUUUUGGCUCUACUUAUGAACAUUUCCAACAUUGUACUUUUCGUGAAGCAUUUAAUAAUACUUCUAAAGAAAACUUACGUGUAAAAAGUGGUUUCAUUUAAAUCUGUGGCUAAUAGUAUUAUAGGUAACCAGUUGCUGUCAAGUCAGUUCCAACUCAUGGUGACCCCAUGUGUGUCAGAGAAGAACUAUGCUCCAUAGAGUUUUCAAUGGCUGAUUUUUUCGAAAUAGAUCAGCAGGACUUUCUUCCAUUGCAUCUCUGGGAGGACUCAAACCUUAACAUUUCAGUUAGCAGCAGAGGUUGUUUACUGCUAUUCUAUUAAUGUUAGGAAUUAAUCAUAAGAUUAGGAGCAGAUACUUUUUCAAGCAGAAUAAAAACAUAUGGACAUUGCAUUUAUUUUGUUUUAAAAUUCCAUGAUAUAUGAAUGAUUAAAACUAGGUCUGCUAGAAACUUAAUUAUAAGACCUAAUAUAAGGCAAUGCUACCACAAGAUUCACAUAAUUAUUUAUAUUUUCUCUUCUGAUUUUCUUUACAAGUCACAUUAUUACAUGUCACUUUUGAAGAGGACGUAAAUUAUUCAGUGAAAUGAAUAGAAUUUAAAGGCAAAUUUUCACAAAACAUUUGUUAAAGAUGAGUAAACACUAAAAUGUUUUUAUUUUGAAUAUAUAAUUACAUUUACAAUUUUAUAUGGCAAAGGUUUUUUUUAAUUGCUGAAGCCAUUUUAUUCUUGUUAACAAAGAAUAUUUAUUCUGAAUUUUAAAACUAAAAUAUUUAUUCUGGGCAUCAAUAAGGACUAUUUUUUUUAAUUCAGCUUUACAGUUGAAUGAGUUUUUCUGAAGGGAGUUUUUGUUGUUUGCUAGAGAUUUUUUGAGAAAGAGGCAACAAUUUGAGUCAUUGAACAUAGUCAUUGAACAGUUACUCUGCUGGGUAUUUUGUUAGAUUUUAGUCACAUUCUUCCAGCUCCUUUUGAAGUGUGCGUAAGUUAAAGAGAAAAACACUUUUAUACUUGAAUUUUAAUUAUGGUUACAUAAGUUAUAAAUAGCACAAUAAAAAUACAUUUUAAUAUGCUAAUUGUAAAUACUUUUACAGGAUACUUUGAAAAACGCUUCUCUUUAUUUUUAAGGCUACCAGACCAAUACAGAUCUUUAAGGAAAACAUACCUUUUUCGUGAUACACAUAGGAGGGAAAAUUCAAAUGAAAAUAAAAGAAACUUUUUUUUUUAAUAGAAAUGUUUAAGGAAAUAAAUAUUUUUGAAAAACCUCAACUAGCUGGUUUUUCUCUCUCCCAUUAAAGUGAGUAAUUCACUUUUGGAUCCUAAUUAGUCCUCUGCCUGCCCCUUAUUCUUCUCCAAAUAUGGAAUUGAAUAUCUGAUAGUGGCAAUUUAUGAGCAGGAUAAAUGUACUUUGAUAACUAGUAACUGUUACUGACUGUUGAUGCUGAAAAUUUUUAGUGUGGAAGUUCUCUUGGCCUGUAAAUAUGAAAAACCAGAUCCUUUCAUUGCUUAUCUUUAGUCUUGGUACAUUUUCCAUGCAUGUCUGUAAAGCUCAUCCCCUGGUACAGCAAGCAACAGGAUAUGAUAGAAUAUCUAAGGUUGAUUUUUUUAAGAUUUUCUAUUUCGAAAUUAAUUUUAAAAUUGUGUUAUGACCUGUAUUAACACAUUGUAUUGUGAUGUCUACCACAUAAUUAGGUUUAUUUUCAACCUUAAGUGUCAUAAGUACAUUAUCUUAAAAUGUCAUACACUUACCUAUUAUGCUUUUUGUAGUAUUUGUUUGAUGUAAUACAUAUUUUCAAAGUUUCGUUUGUUAAAUGCUGACAUAUUCUUAUAAAAUGUAAAAUCGAUUCUCUUAAAAAAAAAAUUUUACUGCAAUAGUAUUACCUAUUCAUGUUUGAGGUUUAUUCCUUGUCCUAAAUUGGGGGUUCUCUUAACCUGAAGUCCAUCAUAGAACACAUCGCAAUCUGUCAAUCUUAUUUAUGUUAUUAUUUACUUUUAAAUUUUUCUUUCUUAAUCUCUACAAUGUAAGCUCCCUAAGGACAAGGAGCUUGUGCAUCUAUUCUGGAUCCUGUAACAAUUAAUAUAUGUUGAAUGAAUACAUUAAUUAUUCAGUCCCUAAACAGGCUUUAGUGUGUGCAUUUUUCUAGGGAGAAGUUUUACCACUUUCAUCAGAUUCUCAGACUUCAAUGAUCUAAAAAAGUUAAAAAUUAUUUGUUUCGUAGUCUACCUUCUUGUUUUAGCAGUGUUAUUAAACGUUUAGAUUGUAAAUAAAUGCUUUCAAUUUUUCUGGUAAGAAUUUUGUCACUUUUUAUGCAAAUAUUUAAGGGUUAAUCAUUCUUGAAAAAAGUUUUUCAUGUAAUAACUACAGUACUCUGUUGUGUAGAAUGUGGUUUGUAUCCCAGUUAGUUUUAAGAUAUUAUUUUCUAUAGAAUUAAAAUCAAACUUGAAAGAAAGUAUUCUGCAUAUUCAGGGGUAUAAUGUUAGUUUCUAGUAAUAGUUACAUAAAUGUCUUCUUGAGAAUAUUUGUAAAGUUGAUCUUUAAUCUCAUAUAAACAGCUACUUCCUUUAAAAUUGUAAAGAGAUAUUUCUAAUUAAAAUUUAAAAUAUACUCAGGGCUUAUAUAUCACUAUUAUUAUUAUUAUUAUUAUUAUUAUCUUAAGCAAAGUUAAAGGCUCCCUUUGCACUCCAAAAGUUUCUAGACUCAGAUUUAUGUGACUCAGUAGGGCUGAGUGAGGUUUGGUGACAAGGAAAUGGAGUCUAAUUUCCCUACUAUUUUAAGUUUCUUCCCUGCUUUAUCUGGGUUGAUUUAAGGGGAAAAAUUCACCAAACUCAUUUUAAUGGACAGUGUUAUUGCUCAUUUCUGACUGAAGUGCUGUGAUAAAAAUCCUGAAAUAGUAAAAGCAUAGAAACUAAAAUAAUAAUCCUUCAACAUUUUCUAUUCUGCAAAAUGUUUCAAGUAGCUUUGCAUAAUAAAUAUUUGAAAAUAUUUCUGUUUCUUGGAAGUAUAUUCCAAAAAUCUUACUGAAAUUAUUCGUGGACACAAGGUGUAAAUUUUUAAAAUUAACAUAUAACUUAAUUUACAAAUACCAUUAAUUGAUUGUAAAUCUAAAUAUAGCACUUUCAUCUGAAAUACUUUUCCACCUUUUCUAAAAAUAAAUCCUGUAUUUUCCCACUAUGUUAUAUAUGCUAAAGAUAAUCAUAGAAUUAUAAAUUAUUUUAGAUAUGUAUGGGAUCUUAGAGUUCAUAUAUAGCAACUUCUUACCCCAAUUCAGAAAUCUCUUCUACAACAUUAUUAACGGAUAAUCAUGUGAAAUCUUCUCAAAUACUUCGUUAGUCAGGCAAACCACAACUUUAUAAGGCUUUUUUUUUUUUCAUUGUUGAACAGUUCUAAGUGAAGUAAGAUUUCGAUGGGCUAAAGUCAAUGUGGCAGGAUCAAGGAUAAAUUUUAGGUAGAAGAAAGGAUGAACCAAAGCAUGGAAAUUGAAUAUGUAAGACAUAUUUCACAUGUGAAUGUUAAAGUUAUACUCCCUUCACUCUCCAAACCCUCCAGUAACCAAACUCGUUGCCAUUGAGUAGAUCCCAACUCAUAGCG